GAGGAAGGACACAGGGCCCGGAGACUGGCAGAAAUUGCCCGCAAGAGAAGGCUUAGGCGGCCGAAGCCCUCCGCCAUAGCAGGACUUGGGUAGCACCGCCCCCAGCGCACCUCCCCACACUCGGAUAACCAGCGAACCUCUGCUUUCGACACCCUCUAGCCCCAGCAGAGGCAGCGGAGAAGACAAGGCCGGGAGGCACCCGGCUGGGUUGCGCACCAGGCCCAGGCCUGUCCCUCGGGACCGCGCGGGCCGCCCGAAUCCGCUCCCCCGUCGGGCCCGGUUCAGCUGACGCGGCGGCCACCCUCACCUGGAUGACCUCGUUGACCUCCCGGAUACAUUCCACCAUGUGUUGUAGAAUCUGCUCGGCCGUGAGCACCUCGUAGCGGUAAUCCUCCUCCUGCUCGUGCCCCGGCCCGCCGCCACCGCCGCCGCCGCCGCCGCCGCCGCCACCGCCGGGCCCCAGAGCGCUGCCGCCGCCGCCGCCCGUCUCCCCGCACAGCAGUCCGUCCCGCUCCCCGCCGACGCCCAACCCGGGCUCCACCAGCUCCACCUCGCCCAGAUCCAGGUUAUCGUCGUCCGGCUCGUCGUCGUCUUCGUCCUCCUCCUCCUCGGCGCCGCUGUCCUCCUCACUGCACUCCUCGUCCUCGUCGAACUCGUAGUUGUAGCCCUCGUCCGAGUCCAUGGCGCGACGCGCGGACGCCCGGCGGACGCUGGCCGAGGCGGGGAGAGGGCGGGGACGCCGAGGCCCCGGCUCUCGCUCCGGCUCCGGCUAAUGUCCGGACGCAGGCCUGGCUCCGGCCCCACGGGCCGCGGCGCCUCCCCAGGAGCGGCGGCUGGCGGCUGGUGGCGGCGGGGAGGGCGCGGAGGAGAGAGGGAGGGAGCGAGGGGGCCGCUUGCUGCCCGCCUCAGUCAGUCACGGCUCCGCUCCGGGCUCCGAGAGGAAACAGUCCCCAGCGCCACCUCCACGGCCGCUGCUAUCGCUACUGAGCCAACAAAGGGGCGUGCGUCACCGCGUCGCGCUGCGCCGUCGCGUCACUCUUUUUUGCGUCACUGCGCCCCGCCCCGCCGCCCCUGCGUGGAGCGCGAGGAGACCCCACGGUCCGGUCUUCCUGGGCCUUGGACCGGAGCAGAACUGCGCGGGAAUUGCCUUCCCGGUUCGUUCCGCUGCGGCUGUGUGGGCUGGGUGGAAACCCGUAGACCUUUCAUGUGAAGAGAUUGCGGUCUCCAGGUCACCAGUCACCGAGACAGGGACCCCUGGCCGUCUAGGUGGUGGUGGUUUUUGCCGCAGGCCAUAGGCCCUCACGUAGUCCCGUGGGGAUGCGGCCUUCCCACCCGGCCGUAAAGGCGCUUCCCGCCGCCCUGCGGUAAUCCCGGGAAGCCCUCAGCCGCUAAAAUUUCUGUUCCCUUGCCUACUGAUGGAAACCUGUUGUAAGUGGAACCCCAAAACUGUGUGACAGGCGAACCCACUUUAGGUAGCUGUGUGAUACUGUCCACUUGUACAGACGUGUGGUGGUUUUUAAGUGUCCUAUAAUGACGUCAUUUUAAAGGGGCAUUUCCUCAACUCCGCUGACAAGAGCCCCUCUUGAGGGCCCUAAACGAUGUAAACAACGAUGGUUUUCAUGAACUGGGCACUGUGUAAGGGCUUUACAUAUAUUCUCACCCUCGCGGAGCCAUAGUACCCAUUUUACACCUGAGGAACCUGAAGGUCGAAAAGGAAAAGGGACUUGCCCAAGACCACCGAACCCUUGCCCUGUUUUAGCCGCUGGCUGCCUUAAAACAUCAGUUAUAAAAAUGCUUUGUAAUGCAUGUGUAUUGUAUACUAUAUAGUACGUAAAAGACACGAAUGCUUCAACAAAUUGCAGGCAGUAAUAGAAAAACCUGCAGGGACUAAAUGUAGCCAGAGAGAUAAUGCUUGAGUCAUAUGGAAGUGUGCUGUGUGAGCUGAGUGUUGAUGAAUGGCUAGGAGUUCAACAGAGAAGGUGGAGAAGAUGGUCUAGCCGAAGAGAACUGGCAACAGCGCAGAAAGUGUGUCAAGUAAUUAAUAGUUUCGGGAGCUUAAAGUGCGUGGAUGGUAGAUGGCAAAAUAUUAGGCAAGUUAGGGGUCAUGUCAGUAAGAGCAUUUUAUGCCUUUCUACCAGUGGGCUUAAAUCUUUGUAAACAAGUCAUGAGGGCCAGAAGAGUGUUCUGAGGGAAGGAGAGACAUAAGAAGGCUCCCUCUUGAGAUAAUCUGAAGUAUUGGUCAGAUUGAAAACCUUUUAAAAUCUAAAUCCCUGAUUUGUUGACACAUCUUACUGUUCAACCUAUAGGUUCCCUUUGGAAAUUGAUUUUGAAAAGUGAAAAAUUCCAUUAUAAUGUUUAAAAGCCUCUAUCAAUUUCUCCAUUUUGUAAGUUUUAAAAUACUGAUAAUCAGAUUUGAUAAAGUAACCUCAGGACUUACAAAGUAAAGCUUUUAACGUCAA